CUGAGCAGCCAGUGGGGGAGAGCAGUUAAGGCACCAGCCACUCCACGCAGACCCCCAGCUCCCUCCUGCCUGAAGAUGUUCCACCAAAUGUGGGCAGCUCUACUCUACCUCUGUGGCAUUCUCCUUAACUCCAUCUACCAGUGCCCUGAGCACAGGCAGCUGACAACGGAAGGACUAGAUGGGAAAGAGUUCCCAGAGCCCCACCUGGGCCGGUGGUACUUUAUCGCAGGGGCAGCUCCCACCAAGGAGGAGUUGGCGACUUUUGACCCUGUGGACAACAUUGUCUUCAACAUGGCCGUGGGCUCUGCCCCCAGGCAGCUCCAGCUUCGAGCUACCAUCCGCACGAAAAAUGGGCUCUGUGCGCCCCGGAAAUGGAUCUACCACCUGUCUGAGGGGAGCACAGAUCUCAGAACCGAAGGCCGCCCUGACAUGAAGACCAAGCUCUUCUCCAGCGCAUGCCCAGGCGGAAUCAUGCUGAAAGAGACAGGCCAGGGUUACCAGCGCUUCCUCCUCUACAAUCGCUCACCACACCCUCCCGAGAAGUGUGUGGAGGAAUUCCAGUCCCUGACCUCCUGCCUCGACUUUAAGGCCUUCUUACUGACUCCCAGGAAUCAAGAGACCUGUGAGCUGUCCAGUAACUGACCUGUGGUUUCAUCUGUGCCCCCCAGAUGGAUACAGUGGGAACUGAGAUUGUGCUG